AUGAAAUCAAGGGGAAUUGAAUAUGUCCAAAUUUAUUGUGUUGAUAAUAUUUUGGUGAAAUUACCAGAUCUUCAUUUCAUUGGCUUUUGUAUUGAGAACAAUGCGGACUGCGCCGCUCAAGUAGUUCAAAAAUUUGACCCAGAAGAAUCUAUUGGAGUUGUUGGUGUAGUGGACGGUCAUUAUCAGGUUGUGGAAUAUAGUGAAAUAUCUCCAAGUACAGCGUCUCUACGUGUAAAUCAGUAUGACCAUCAUGAUGAUCUGAACAAUUCGAAAAUAGUCCAUAAUAAUGGAGACUUAUCAUAUACAAAUAACUUAAAUCGUUUAGUCUAUAGUCAUGGUAAUAUUUGUGUACAUUUUACAACAAGAUUAUUUUUGGAAAGUGUUUGUCAAGAUGAUAUACAAAUGAAAAUGAAAUAUCAUCGAGCUCAGAAGAAAGUUAUUCAUAUAGAUAUAGAAACAGGAGAACAAAUAAUACCUCAAAAACCUAAUGCAAUAAAGUUUGAAAAAUUUGUCUUUGAUGUUUUUCCAUUUGCCAAACGGUUUUUCAUUUGGGAGGUUCCAAGAGAUGAGCAAUUUUCUCCAAUCAAAAAUGGACCAGGAGCAAUAAAAGAUUGUCCUAAAACAUCUCGUAAUGAUUUAUUGAAUUAUCAUACACGUUUGGCAAAAAAUGCUGGUGCAAUAAUAAUAGAUGAUCACUCUACAUCGAAUGGAAAUGGAUAUCAGAAUAGUGUAUAUGAAAAAGCCUUGGUUGAAAUUUCACCGUUGAUUACUUAUGAUGGUGAAAAUUUAUCCUGUCUGAAAGACAUUGAAAUUCGUGGUCUUAAUCGAUUGGAAUUGGAUGAAAAAACAGGAAAACCAAUUCUACUUUCCUCUGUAGUAGAUAAUCAUUAG